AUGUCGAGACCAACAGAACCGUCUACUGCCGGCAAACAAUGCAAAGUUAAAGUCAACUAUGUGGAAGUCAAGAAGUUCGACUACCCAAAAAUCUACAUCUACACAAUCCAAGUCUCUAAGAAGGGCAGGCCCGCUCCAAAAAAAUAUCAUGAUAUGGUUAUCGCGGAAAUUUUAAAAGCCAAGAAGUUUGGUAAUAAUAGUUUUCCUGCCUACUAUGGGGAUAACCUGUACUCUCGAUCCGAUAUUUUGAACGGUUUGAACUACAAAAGAGUCGAUAUUAAGGUCGAUGGUGAAACACUAACCGUUACGGUCAACCAUAUCGGAGAGAUCAACCUCAAAGAUAUCAAUCUGGACUCCAACAUACCGUGGGAUGAAUCUAUUCAGAGUACGUUGACAGUGCUUAAUGCAUAUGUCAACACAAAAGCGCGCCUUAAUCCAAAAAACUUAAGUCUUGGGAGCAAAUCGAAUGCAAUUUUCCGACCGCAACCAAAUAUGAGAGAAUUCUUGAUUCAAGGAGUCGAACUUAUCCACGGAUUUUUUCAAUCCGUGCGUCCAGGAUGGGACAAGUUAUUUAUUAAUAUUGAUACUUGCCAUACAACUUUUUAUCCUUACGGAAACCUAUACGAUAUACUUCCAAAGUUUCUGAAAGAAUCCAGUAGGCAAAGUGAAAGAACGAAUAAGGAUUUGGACAAGGGGCUUUCAUUCAAAGAUAUACGUAAUUUAUCAUACCGUUUAAAGGGUAUCAAAUUCCUCACCGAUUACAAUAUGAGGAAGUAUACGAUCGAAUCGAUCUCCAUGGAGUCUUCCAACGACCUCAAAUUCGAGAAUGAGGAAGGCAAAAAGUUGAGUGUCAGCGAUUAUUUUCGCGCGAGUGGUACACCUUUAUCACACCCCAAACUUCCCUGUGUUGUCGUUGUGAAAAAGUCUAAAGGAGCUCGGAGAGUAUUGUACUUUCCAAUCGAAGUUUGUAAGAUCAUUCCUGGACAAAGAUUUAUUGCUGAGGAUUUGUCUGGAUCUCAACGUAGCGAAAUGAUAAGAGUGACUUCAACUGAUCCAAAGACACGAUUCGAGAACAUCGAACGUUCACUUCGAGAAAUUUUCGAUCACGGAUCCAACGAAUAUCUCAGUUCCAUUGGGUUGAAGAGUGACCCGAAACUUGUUGAGAUUAUAUCUCGAAUCAUCGAUGGACCAGGUAUGGUGGCAAGCGGAGUAGACGGUAAGGAGGCAAAAAUAAUUCCGAAAUUGGGAGUCUGGGAAGUUGCAAAAUUCAAGAAGGGUGCAUCUCUUCAUAACUGGUCUGUGGUGGUGUUUGAUGAUCCUGAAAAGUUGACAAGGUCGCAUGUGAAAGAUGCUAUAGAAAAAUUCAUUGAGGUUCUCACUGAAAAGGGAAUUAACGUAACAAACAAAAAACCAGCAAUUAGUUACGCGCAAAUCACUGAUAAAUUCAAGGAAACCGGUGAUUUCGAAUCCAAAGAUGUCGAAAACGCAAUUGAAGUUGGCGUUAAAAAUUCCGCAAUUCGAAGAGACAAGGGACUACAGUUGGUUCUUUGUAUCCUCAACAAAAAAUCCGAUACUCGAGAAGGAAUAUAUUCGAUGAUUAAGAGGUUCGGACUCUUAAAGCACGGUGUGCUCACUCAAUGUCUUCAGGCUUCGAAUUUGGACGCAUCAGUUUAUCAAAAACUCGUACCCAAGUUGAACACCAAAUUGGGUGGCACCAAUUCUUCUUUAGCCGCUGGUGAAAUUAAUUUUAAGUCUAAUAAGACGGCAAUGAUAAUCGGCGCUGAUGUAUAUCAUCCCGGCAGAAAAGAGAAAGAACAGGGUUAUCCCAGUGUUGCCGCGGUGUGCGCAUCGAUGGAUCCUGAUGCUGCACGAUAUGUUGCCCGUUAUAGGUUAAAUAACUUUUUAAAAAAUGAGACUAUUGAAGGACUGGUUGAAGUGGUCAAGGAACUACUUGAGGAGUUUGAAAUACGGAAUGGAUAUCUUCCGGAUCAUAUCAUUUUCUAUCGCGAUGGUGUAGCCGAAGUACAAUUUGAAAAGAUAAUGAAGGAGGAGAUUCAGUUGUUGAAAGGUUUUCUUAAAAGCUCUUAUGAAAAGAAAGGGCUAAAGGAGCCAAGAAUUACGCUGUUGAUUUGCCAAAAACGACAUCAUAUGAGAUCUGUUCCGGUCAAUAAGGAAGAGGCGCACCCUAAAACCGGGAAUUGCCUUACUGGUACCAUAAUCGAUUCGUUUAUUGUAAUGAAAAAUGAGUUUAGCUUCUACCUGCUGAGCCAAGCAACGGUUCCCCGCGGAACUGCUCGCUCAACAUAUUAUCGUAUUAUACUCAAUGAAGGAGAUUUCUCUGCUGAAGAGAUUCAAAAGUUAACUUAUAAUUUGUGUUUCUUAUCGGCAAGGUGCGACAUGUCAAUUUCGCAAACAGCCCCGGGUUGUUAUGCUCACCUUAUCGCAAACCAAGCAAGAUAUCUUGUCGACUUUGAAAAAUACUCGAUAUAUGGAAAUGAACGCGCUUCCAUAUUUUUAUUCGCGUGGGAUUUGUUGUUUAGGUGUCACGAAGAAGUAAAAGAACCAAAGGUUAUACUAAUAACAGGUGCAAGCUCUGGAAUUGGAAAAGCCAUCGCAUUGGAGUAUGCUAAACCUGGAAUAACUUUAGGCCUACUUGCGCGUAGCAAGGAACGUUUGGAUGCGGUAGCAAAACAAUGUGAAGACAAGGGUGCCAAAUCAGAAAUACUUUGUGUUGACAUUUCGGACACCAUCAAGUUAAUCGAGGUGCUAGUAAGUUUUGAUGAACAACAUCAAAUUGACCUUUUAUUUGCGAAUGCUGCUUUAACAAGGGGAACUAUGGAAGAUGAGGAUGCAACGGAAUGGGAAGAUUUGUGGAAGCAAAUUAUCGAUGUAAAUUACUCGGGCAAUGUUUGCACAGUCAUGACAUUAUACAAAAGAAUGAAAGAACGGAAUUCUGGUCAAAUCGCAAUCACAUCAUCGAUCCAAGGUUUCUUUGGCUUUCCACAGGGAUGCUGGUAUAAUUCUACCAAGUCCGCCUUAAAUUCUUUCGCGCGUGAUCUUAGAUACGUCGCCGAACCACAUAACAUACGUGUUUCCUUGAUCGUGCCCGGUACGAUUACCACAAAUAUGACUUCAAACAAAAGAUUUAAUCUGAAUCGUUUCAUUCUCCACGAUCCAACUAAGCUGGCAAAAAGUAUUAGAAUGCAAUUGGAACUGAAUAUCUUCUGUAUCUCCUGGCCAUUUAUCCAAAUGUUAUUUGCUUGGGUUCUGUCGACUUUUCCGCCUCGGAUAUGGAUUUUGACUUCUUGGAUUUAUGGGAAAAUAAUUGAGAAAUGCUUCAAGAUAACCGAUUAUUCUUAA